UGGUGAGAUGAAAUUACGGAAAUAGGCAACAGAAAAAGAAAAAAACCAGCACAAAAAGCGCGAGCUCGAGUUUCUCUAUAAAAAGUUCCGAAUCAAUAUCCAGACCCCACUAAUUUGCCCACUGAAAUUUCAAUCCUACAGGAACCUCUUCCUUCCUCUUCCCUCUUGACCCAUCGGCAUGGAUCCUUACAAGUACCGUCCCUCAAGUGCUUACAACUCACCCUUCUGGACUACGAACUCCGGUGCUCCGGUUUGGAACAACAACUCGUCCUUGACCGUUGGGUCCAGAGGACCAAUUCUUCUUGAGGACUAUCAUCUGGUGGAGAAAAUUGCACAGUUUGAUAGGGAGCGGAUCCCAGAACGUGUAGUCCAUGCUAGGGGAGCCAGUGCCAAGGGGUUCUUUGAGGUCACCCAUGAUAUAUCUCACCUAACAUGUGCUGAUUUCCUGCGUGCCCCAGGAGUUCAGACACCUAUUAUUCUCCGUUUCUCAACUGUUAUCCAUGAGCGUGGUAGCCCUGAAACCCUGAGGGAUCCUCGAGGUUUUGCAGUGAAAUUUUACACCAGAGAGGGUAAUUUUGAUCUGGUGGGAAACAAUUUUCCCGUCUUUUUUAUUCGUGAUGGUAUGAAAUUUCCAGACAUGGUCCAUGCCCUGAAACCCAACCCUAAGUCUCAUAUCCAAGAGAAUUGGAGGAUUGUUGACUUCUUUUCCCACCAUCCAGAAAGCCUGCACAUGUUCACCUUCCUUUUUGAUGAUUUGGGUGUUCCACAAGAUUACAGGCACAUGGAAGGUGCAGGUGUUAACACCUAUACCUUGAUCAACAAGGCUGGGAAAGCACAUUAUGUGAAAUUUCACUGGAAACCCACUUGUGGGGUUAAGUGUUUGUUGGAGGACGAGGCUAUUAAGGUUGGAGGAGCUAAUCACAGCCAUGCCACACAGGAUCUAUAUGACUCAAUUGCAGCUGGAAACUAUCCUGAGUGGAAACUAUACAUCCAGACUAUUGAUCCAGAUCAUGAGGACAAAUUUGACUUUGAUCCACUUGAUGUAACCAAAACCUGGCCCGAGGACAUUUUGCCCCUGCAACCAGUAGGCCGCAUGGUCUUAAACAAGAACAUUGAUAACUUCUUCGCUGAGAAUGAACAACUUGCAUUUUGCCCUGCCAUUGUGGUUCCUGGUAUCUACUACUCAGAUGACAAGUUGCUCCAGACUCGGAUCUUUUCCUAUUCUGAUACUCAGAGGCACCGUCUUGGACCAAACUAUCUGCAGCUCCCAGCUAAUUCUCCAAAGUGUGCUCAUCACAACAAUCACCACGAUGGUUUCAUGAAUUUCAUGCACAGGGAUGAGGAGGUCAAUUACUUCCCUUCGAGAUAUGAUCCUGUUCGUCAUGCUGAGAGGUUCCCCAUUCCUCCUGCUGUCUGCACUGGGAAGCGUGAGAAGUGCAUCAUUGAGAAAGAGAACAACUUCAAACAACCCGGAGAGAGAUACAGAUCCUGGGCACCAGACAGGCAAGAGCGUUUUAUCUCCCGAUGGGUAGGUGCUUUAUCUGAUCCUCGCGUCACCCAUGAGAUCCGUAGCAUCUGGAUCUCAUACUGGUCUCAGGCUGACAGGUCUCUGGGUCAGAAGCUAGCAUCUCGUCUUAAUGUGAGACCAACCAUGUGAAGUAGGGAUGCAAGCUGGAACUUUUGAGUUGGAGAGAGUAAAGAAAGGAAUGUGAGAGGAUGCCUGGUCAUUUGGAAGGAUAAAAUCAGUGUUAGUCCAAUGUUUUCUGUGUAAUCAUAUGCUAAAACUUGAAUGUUGUCUCUUUUAACCUGAUGCUUCGAUCUAAUAAUGCCGGUUGCAUGUGCAAGUGC